GGCUGCAGCGUGGUUUACGUGCACGACUGAGGCAGGCAGAAGGAGGUGUGAGUUCACUUGUUGGUGCCACUUUUAAGCUCCUCCUGGGAACACAUCGCCUCUCCAUUGACAAGAAGCACACAGACUGACUCCUCCUGUUGCUCUGACUGGAGGAGCACCAUACAAGGAGGUGGAAUACUUCCCUACUGAUAAAUAUACUUUUGAUGCUGGGCACAAGACUUUGACAUCUGUCACACAAAGACCAUAACAGAUCACAUGCAGUCUCAGCAACGUGCGGAAGUGGUUGCCGAUCCAGAUGGCUCCCGGGUUAUCUUCUCCGGGGAGCCUGGAGUGUCCUCAGGCCAGCAGAUACUAACGUCCCCCGAGCUGACCCAUGAGGUGGUCAUCUCUCCUGGACUCCCCACGCCUCCUCUAAGCCCCUUUCGCUCAGCAGGAUUGCCGUUUGGAGAGUCCAAGGUGUCACAAGUAAAUGGAAGUGGACCAACAACUCUCAGCUUCGGAUCUUACUAUGGCCCCUCACAAAUGCAUGGAGGAAUGUCCAAUGGCGUCCAGAGCUCUGCCACGUUACCACGCAGCUGGACUCCCACCAGGGAGGAGAGGCUCAUCAAGUUCUCAGGAAUCGGUCCAGUGGAUGAAACUGGGAUGCCCAUUGCCUCCAGAUCAAGUGUGAACAAGCCCAGAGACUGGUACAAGAGCAUGUUCAGACAGAUUCACAAGAAGCCAGAGGAACUUGAUCUGGAGGAUUCAGAGCGCUGGCCAGCUGAACGGCUCCAGUUAUCUGCCAACACAGAAGAAAGCAAUGAAGCAGACAAGAAUCUCUUCAGACUAACACCUUAUGGAGCUCUACCAGACUGGAGCGAGGAUGUAGAUAAGCUGUCAGACCCGGGAAAGCAGCACCUUCAACCGAGGAGCAUAUUCGACUUUGAGCCUGGAAGGAGCAGCACCUCCGAAGGCCACAGCCAGGUUCAUGUAUCUCCAAAGAAACAAUCUGAGACACCAAAGUCCCCUUCAAUUGAGGCCAGCCUGGUCUCUGAGCUGAGUCGGUUUGAGGCUGAGCUGGACUCGGAGAUCCAGGGCCUGGAGAGGAGACUUUCCCAGAAGAAGCAGCAUCGAGGCCGGGGUGAGGAGGCCAGAGACAGGGAUCCGGGAACUGCUCCAAAGACUGGCACUGCAAACUACAGCAGCAAUUCAUCAGCAGCAAAGCAGCCUGUCCCUCACUCUGCUGGCACGUCACUGACCCCUGCUCCCACAUAUGUAGAUCGUCUUUCACCUGCAAAUGAAGUCAUGGAGCGCCCACCUAAGAAAGAGGAGAAAAAGAUGAAAGCAGCACGAGCCAAGUUCAGUUUCCAAGCUCAGUCACCCAAGGAGCUCACACUGCAGAAAGGAGACAUUGUUUACAUCCACAGGCAGGUCGAUGCCAACUGGUUUGAAGGAGAACAUCACGGAAGAGCUGGCAUUUUCCCCACAUCUUAUGUGGAGCUUCUGCUUCCUACAGAGAAGCCCACACCUAUAAAGUCUCCCACUGUACAGGUGUUGGACUACGGGGAAGCUGUGGCUCUGUUUAACUUUAACGCCGACCUUCCUGUUGAACUUUCAUUCCGGAAAGGGGAGAUGAUCAAUAUAACCAGGCGUGUUGACGAUAAAUGGUUAGAGGGGAGGAUCUCAGGGACCAGCAGGAGCGGCAUCUUCCCGGCCACUUAUGUCCAGGUCAACAAGAUGCCCCGCACCAAAUUGUCCACUGACGACUACUCACCGGGCCCCAUGUCACCCAUCUCCCCUGGACCCCAGAGUCCAGGGCGUCCACUCCACUCACCCUGCCCGCGGUCACCAUUAUCCCCUUUCACCCCCACUUCCCUCAGCCCCAAACCUGAGCACUCCCCACUGAAGCCGUCCUCACCUGUACCUUAUGGCAGCCCAGCCUCACAGUCCCCCACAAAGUCCCCCGUACCCAAAGAAACGGCCAAUCGGUGGCCCUCCAAAUCUGCCUCACCCACCAACCAGAACAGCCACUGGGGUGGGACUCACUCAGCCAACCAGAGCUCCGUGGCUCGAGCUGUUUCACCUUCCACUCAGUCGCCAGCGUCUGCACACAGAGCAGGAGCUUCCACAGCGAACACUCCCAGAUACACUGACCCCUCACAGGGUGCCAUACCAAACCAGGCUGUUCGCUCCAAUCCACACGUUAACUCCCUGCAGCAAAGACAAGUGCCAAACAACCCUGAUUCCACAGUGGUGCAACGCCAACCAUAUAAAGCUGUUUACAACUACAAACCACAGAAUUCGGAUGAGUUGGAGCUCAGAGAAGGAGACAUUGUGCAAGUGAUGGAGAAGUGUGAUGAUGGCUGGUUUGUAGGUACGUCAGAACGGACUCGUGCUUUUGGGACUUUUCCUGGGAAUUACGUGGCACCUCUUUGACCUCCUCACUCCCUGCUUGCCCGCAUCCACCUGGACUCAUAAGAGCCCAACCAAUCGCUCACUCAGCUCUCUCCAACAGAUCCUUCUUUGACACUCCAGCAUUUUUUUUGUCAUCCCGUUACACCCAGCACACUCCUAAACCUGGUUUAGUCAGACCUGCAUGUUCACUCUGUUUCCCAGAACAGAAGUGAAGGCAGGGACAUUGAGUGGUUUCUCACCUCACCUUCCUGCAUGAGUGCAUGUGUGUGUGUGUGCGUGUGUGUGUGUGUGUUCCACUGAGACUUGCAGAGUGUUUUCACACGCAACACUUGAGAGGAAAGAAUGAAUGCUGAUGAUACUGUUUCAGAUGCAAAGAAUGGACGUUUUUGUUCCACAACUAUUUGCAGCUGCAGGAAAUGUGCAUUCCUUCCCAGUGAACAGCUCUGUUCCCUCCGAGGUCCUGAGACAGUAUGAUGCUGCAUUCAACUUUUUGUCACCACUGUGCCAUCACAAACCACUGCUGAGUAUAUUUAUGGCUUAGGGUGGCAGAUUUUACAGACAUUUCGAUUGGAUUAUUGUUUCCUUCAAAUGUCUUACUCAGAUUUUCUUUCAGAUCUCUAAAUGAUGGGGAAGUUCGAAGAAACUCCACAAGCAUCUGUAGAUAAGUGCUUAAGGUGAAACACAGUAAGGGCUCGGACAUGUCAAGAGAAGUUUACAGACUUUCACUAAAGCUAUGCAGAAGAUAAUUAAUGCAUGUACUGGCCAUGGAGUGGAAUGCCAAAUGUAAAAGUAAGCAGGUAGAUCAUGUUCUGUGCUGUAAGAGAAGUUGCUUUGCUCUGAAAUUAAAUGUCAAACCUCUGUAAGUUGUAUCGGCUGUUUUGAAAAGCUAAAUCUGGACAAUGCCUCCACUGGUUGAAUGAUCUCUUGAAGUAUUUGAAGUUGAGCUGUACGUGCCAAAUCUAACCUUCCAUGACAUUUCUAUUUUAAAUUCUCCUUUAAACAAUCCAAGCUCAUUUUAUUUCCGCUUCUUCUGCUUUCAUAAUGUUUUUUUUCCUGCCUUCUGCAGGGUUAACAUUCUUACUUUGACAGUAUUUCUAAAAUCACUUAUGUCUGUACCAGUGCAACCUUCGAUAAGUGUGACAUCCUCCAGACAUCCUGAUCAUGGUCCCUUUGCAUUUUAUAUGAUAUAUCCAUGAUUUCACUGUAAAAAAUUAAAUCAUAUUUAGUAGAUGCAGGAGAUGAUUGUACAGACUGUAACCUUUUUAUCAAAUUGAAAGUAUAAUAUAUAUUUGCUUACAAAACAAUGUAUCUUAUAUGUAUGGUACGCAUUUUUUUUUAAAGCAAUUAAACUUACAGAGUUAUACUGA